CAUGCACAGCAGGACACCGAUGCUGCUUUCAGCGGAACGCUGAAGAGUCGCACUUACGAGAACUACAGGCUUAACAAACGAUAACUUCCAUUUUUGUGUUGUUUUUCUUCUGAAGUACCGGUGGAUGGCAACACUCUCCGUUAAAAUGUCUGUAAAUUUUGUAAUAGCAAGGGAUGAUUGAAAGCUUUGUGAAAUUUUAGCCAACUUCUGUUAUUAUUAUCUUGCAGUGAAGUUUACAUUUAUCCAGUUAAAAAGUGAAGGGCUACAACUCAUAUCACAAAAAUAUCUGGUUAAUGUAAGUUUUUAAUGACAUAAAUCCCAAAGUUAGAUGCGAAUAAUAAUAAUUUAGAGGUUAAGAUAAAAACUUAAGCGUAAAAGUUAAAAUUCUCCUUUUAUAUAGGUAGUAGAAGAUAAUUAAGAAUUUAUGUGUUACGAGGACAUAAAGUGAAACAACAGUCUCUAAUAGUAAUUUUGUUUAAAUUUUAGUUUUGUUUUCACCGAGACACUAUAUUGAAUUUCAGGCCUGCUAAAAUUCUGAACUCUUGGAUUUAUGAUCUCACGAAGGACCCAUGAAGGUAUCAAAAGAGCUCACGUGUACUGUAGCGAGCAACAAUUAAGUGGACUUCGUAAUAAAACGUCAUUGUCCAUUUGUCGAAUAAGCGUGAACGUUUUUCAAAGAUUAUUAAAAUAUUAAAUUUUGAAAAAAAUGCGCAAUUUAAAAAUAAAGUCAUACAGUUGGUCAUGUGAGCCAAUACGUCAUCGUGUCACAAGGUAAAUAACAUGGCUGCUUGCAUGGUUUUAUAUUCUUACCCCCAGCUGUUGUUAGCUCAAUUUUAAUGUAUACUACCGUAAAACAGGUACAGAUAUGAUAUUUUGCUCCUUUUCUUGGUAGCAUACGUUCGCUGGCAGGUCUUGCUUCACACCGUACAAGCCUGGAAAUAGAGGUGUUUAGAUAGCUGCGUCGCAUAAAAUCCGACUUCCCAGACAGAGUAGUCUCGACUAAAGCCAUGGCCUCAUCAUUUGUCGUCGGGGAUCAGUUCAGAAAUAAGGUGACAGAGUUAGUGGAAAAGACAGGCUCACCUCUGCCACAACGCCUGAGAGAAGAAGUGGAGGAGAUCCUUAUGAAGCCAGGACCAGCAACCCUGUCCUUCAGUACAGCAAGAAAACUCAAGAAAUACCUUCAGGACAAAGAUUUUCUAGGGCAUCCUUUCUUCCUGCAUGAGUUGUUGGAAGACAGCUCACUGCACCUACCUGAGGUUGUGAAGCCUCCCAGAAACCCUGAGCUGGUCGCACGUCUGGAGAGGAUCAAAACCAAACUGGCCAAUGAGGAAUACAAUAGGAUCACACGUAAUGUCAACACUCAGGAAAUCAACCGGAAUGGGACAUUAGCAGAUUUUGGGCGGCAAGUGCGAUCAGUCAAAGCAGUGGUGGUGACUGUAUUCAAUUUCCUGGUAACAGUAGUUGCUGCUUUUGCCUGUUCGUACAUGGGCAGUCAGUACCUGUUCACAGAGACUACAGCGCGAGUGAUAUCAGCUGUGAUUGCUGCAUCUGUAGUCGGUCUUGCUGAGCUAUAUGUCCUGGUCCGGACCAUGGAGGGAGAACUAGGGGAACCAUAGCAGCUAUGCACAACAAAUGAGGGAAACUGUAAUCUUUGUAAGCAAAACCGGAAAACUUUAGCAGCCCACAAAGCAGAAGUUUGCUAACCACAUCAAGCCUACUGAUUCUGAACAGACAUCUUACUUUGCAAUGAAAAUUUUGUGGACUUUGGGCCUUUUAUUUGUAAGAAAAAUUGGUGGAAUAAUUUGAAAGUUACUGAGAAUUUACAAAUUAAUGGCAUUGGUACCACUAAAUGGAAGGUGGAACAUUAUCAGAAAGCGAAUUGGUUUAAAAUGACUGAAAAUCUUUUCUUUGACUUACUUUGAUACUACUGCUUAAGCUUACAUUCCACCUGUCCAGACUUUUAUAUAUGAGUCAUAUUUCUUAUUUAUUUAAAAUAAUUUUGUAUUUCAUAUUUUUUCCUGAAACUACAACCUCUAGUUUUUUUCCCCCUCCUCUUUCACCUUGGCACUGCCCUAUAAAAUGAUUGAUUUUCUCCAUUCUGUUCUCAGAUGUAAUCAUAUUUUUGUGUUCAAUAAAAUCGUCGGUGCUGACUGAAGCUAAUCCAUUAAGUUGUUAGCUCCAGUUAGCAUUAAGUUCCC